CAGAUUUUACAGAAUGUCUGACGAAGAUAGGAUGGAUGUUAGUCCUCCAAUAGACGCUCCCUCAAAUAUUAGCAGAGCUCCCUUGGCAAGUGCUGAAAGUAUAGGGAGUGUAUCUCCAAGUCUGAUGAAAAGACAGUUUCUUCUGGGAGGGAGUGUGGUUGAAAAAGUCAAGGGAAAAGAGUACAAGGUUGGACCGAGAUACAUAGAUUUAAAGUAUUUGGGUGAAGGUGCCUACGGUACAGUGGUUGAAGCAAAGGAUAAUGUGCUGAAAGAAAAAGUUGCAAUCAAGAAAAUUUCUCCUUUUGAACAUCAAACGUAUUGCCAGCGAACCCUGCGGGAAAUCCGUAUUCUACUGAGCCUAGAGCAUGAGAAUAUUAUAGACAUCAGAGAUCUCCUGUGUGAUGAAAGUAUUGAGACUCUAAAGGAUAUUUACAUAGUGCAGAGUUUGAUGGAGUGUGAUCUUCAUAAACUUCUCCGGUCACAACGUCUCUCUGCAGAUCAUGUUUGCUACUUUCUAUACCAGAUUCUUCGUGGACUCAAGUACAUUCAUUCAGCAAAUGUUCUACACAGGGAUCUAAAACCCUCUAAUAUUCUGCUCAACUCCAACUGUGAUCUCAAGAUUUGUGACUUCGGUCUCUCCAGAGUCAGUGAUCCUAGUCACGACCACACUGGGCUUCUAACAGAGUACGUAGCGACAAGGUGGUACAGAGCUCCAGAGGUUAUGCUGAAUGCGAAGGGCUAUACACACGCAUUGGAUACUUGGGCUGUUGGAUGUAUUCUAGGAGAAAUGCUAAAUGGAAAACCUAUGUUCCCUGGAAAACAUUAUCUCGACCAGAUAUCUAAAAUUCAGGAAGUGCUGGGUUCUCCAUCAGUUGAGGACCUAGAGUUCAUAUCAAACAUUAAGGCGAGACAGUACGUAGAGAGUUUGAAGAAAAAAGACCGAGUUUCCUGGAAAUCUGUUUACCCUGAUACUGAUGCGAGAUGUUUGGAUUUACUGGAUAAACUUCUCUCCUUCUCUCCUAGCUCCAGGUUGUCUAUAGAGCAGGCCCUGGCUCAUCCAUACCUAGAUAACUAUUAUGAUCCACAGGACGAACCAGUUGCGCAGAAGCCUUUCUCGUUUGAGGUUGAAAUCGAUGAUCUACCUACUAGUACACUGAAGGAGAUGAUUUAUCAAGAAGUUCUUACAUUCAAGAAUACACAUAUUCAUGUUAUCUAGUAAUAAAUACCUUCUUUACCGUAUUUACCACAGUGGACAGGGGUCCAUAAACUCCCAUCCAAUACACAUAUUCAUGUUAUCUAGUAAUAUAUAUCUUCUUUACCAUAUUUACCACAGGGCUCCAUAAACUUCCACCCAAUACAAUCCCAAAUGUUGGUUGAUAGAUAUUAGGGGCAGAAAUUAACCAUGUUGUUGUAGUAAACAAUGUUUUUUUUGCAAGGAAAAUUUUAUUUUUCUGUAUAUCAUAUUUUAUCCUUAUAUGUUGAUAAACUGAUAUUUACAUCAUUUCAUAUCCAAAAUACAGAACACAUUUCUAAAAUGUAGUAGACGUACACAAAAACUUGCAAAAGUUCACAAUGACACAGAAAGUGUAUUUUCAUGCCCAUAUAUUUACUUUUUAUACAGAUCCCAUUCGGGAUCAAAAAUGGAAUUAUAUGGACACCUGCAAUUGAACUGAUUACUCACAGCAAACUCUUAUUUGAAUCCUUUUAUUAAUGUGCAACCUGAUGCUGAACGCUGCAAGUUAUAAAUUAACAGUUAUAGAAUUAAAUAUCAAAGGUUAACAUCAUUGGGUUACAAAGAUAUACGGAUAAGGAUUAAAAAUUAGAGUAUAAAAGUGGUCAGUUUUUUCGGAACUUAUCUUUUUUUCAAUGUAUUUUGUCUUUAAUGUAAGCAUUUGUAUAGUAAGCAUGAUUAGUAUAUAAGAAUUGAGCAAACCGACCUUCGGAGGAUUAAGCAUUUACCUUUAACAAAAUAUUGUGAUAAAAAAUCCAUAUCGUUAUUACAUUUCUGAUAGAACAGUUAAAUAAUCCUUACAUUUCUAAUAGGACAGUUAAAUAAUCCUUACAUUUCUGAUAGAACAGUUAAAUAGUCCUUACAUUUCUGAUAGGACAGUUAAAUAAUCCUUACAUUUCUAAUAAGACAGUUAAAUAAUCCUUACAUUUCUGAUAGGAGAAUAAAAUAUUCCUUACAUUUCUGAUAGGAGGAUUCAAUAAUUCUUACAUUUUUUAUAGGACUGUUAAUAAUCCUUACAUUUUUGAUAGGACUAUUAAUAAUCCUUACAUUUAUGAUAGCACGAUUUAAUUAUCCUUACAUUUCUGAUAGGACAGUUAAAUAAUCCUUACAUUUCUGAUAGAACGAUUUAAUAAUCCUUACAUUUCUGGUAAAAAAAUUCAAGAAUCCUUACAUUUCAAAUAGGAUUUUUUAAUAAUCCUUACAUUUCUAAUAGGAAGAUUCAAUAAUCUUUACAUUUCUGAUAAGACAGUUCAAUAAUCCUUACAUUUCUGAUAAAACGAUUUAAUAAUAUUAUACAUUUCGGAAAGGAAAACUUAAUAAUCCUUACAUUUCUGAAAGAAAGAUUCAAUUAUCACAUAAAUUAAUUUGUAAGCCAAAAUAUAAAUA